CACAAACAAAGUGUGAAUGUGGCUAACUUUAUUAUCAUUAGAGUAUUCUUCAAUUCACAACCUACGCUCUCGCUGCAACUUCGUUUCAUUGGUUUUCCGUUGGAGAAGAACGUUAAGCAGACAAAACACAUAUCUUGGAAGAGCGUUGUGCUGUGUUGUGUCGUGUGUGGUGUGUUGAAUUACUUCUUCAACUGCCGCAGACAUUAAUUUCAACCUUUGCAGAACCUCUGAAGCCAGGGAAGGGUGAUGAUAGUGAUUACCAAUUUGAAGUUAGUUCAGUUUCAAUGAGCAUCUAAAAAUGUUUCUUCACCACCAUACGAAUCUCGUUAUAGUCCUCACGAUCUUGAUAGCGUGCACAACAAGAGCGCACAACCUCACCUGCAAUAGGCAAUGCGGGAAGCAGAGUGUUCAGUUCCCUUUCGGAUUCUCCGAAGGUUGUAUAAUCAAACUUAACUGUUCCGACAACCAAGUCCAACUUCACGAUUUUCUGGUCCAAAACAUUACCAACAGCAACAUAUUCGUCAAUCUCCCUGCAAAAUGCAACCGCAGCAUGGAAUCCAUUGAGCCACUUUUCGAUAACAAUUUUUCUCCCACGGUUAACAACAGCUUUCUGGUGCAACAUUGCAGCGAGGCGUUAGGUGGGUGCGUUAUUCCGGCUUCGAAUUUUGUGGAAACCUGCGAUAAGAACAGUGGUAAUAUCAGUUGUUUUUUGAAACAAGAUGCGGCGGAUGUUCUGACGUACAAAGAUUUGAAAGAAACUAAGUGUGAUUACUUGUUCUCUGCGAUUUCUUUUGGGCAGAGCAAGGAGAUUACGCUGCAGUUUCAGGUGGUCGAGUUGGCGUGGUGGCUUCAAGGACAGUGUGAAUGUUCUGAAAACGCUACCUGCUCAAAGGUCCAAAGAGGGUUUCGGUGCCAGUGUUUCCAUGGUUUCACCGGCGACGGCUUCAGAAACGGCACUGGUUGCCGGAAAACUUCGGCUUCAAGUUGCAGUGCUUCAACAGUAGCUUCCGGAGGGUGUGGAAAAGCAACCAAAAUCGGUGUUGCUGUUGGAGCGAGCAUAGCUGGAGCUUUGGUGGUGGCUGGUCUGUUUCUUCUAUGCUACUGUGCUAGGCGCCGUUCUCUUUGGUUGGGAAAACAUACCAGAGUAAAGCGGCAAUUACGUGAAGCUGCAGGAAACUCAAGUAUACCUUUCUAUCCCUACAAAGAAGUAGAAAAAGCCACAAAUUCUUUCUCUGAGAAACACAGGCUGGGAACUGGGGCAUUUGGUACAGUUUACGCCGGAAAACUGCACAAUGAUGAAUGGGUUGCUAUCAAGAAGUUAAGGCAAAGAGACACCAACAGUGCUGACCAAGUCAUGAAUGAGAUCAAGCUCCUUUCUUCAGUGAGUCACCCAAAUUUAGUUCGCCUCUUAGGUUGCUGCAUAGAGAAGGGAGAGCAGAUCCUUGUUUAUGAAUAUAUGCAAAACGGAACACUUUCUCAGCACUUGCAAAGAGAGAGGAGUGAAGGAUUGCCGUGGACUGUAAGACUUACCAUAGCUACUGAAACUGCUAAUGCUAUAGCAUAUCUCCAUUCCGCAAUUCAUCCCCCAAUUUACCACAGAGACAUAAAAUCUAGUAAUAUACUCUUGGAUUAUCACUUCAAAUCUAAGAUAGCUGAUUUUGGGCUUUCUAGGCUCGGCAUGACAGAAACAUCUCAUAUCUCCACCGCUCCACAGGGGACUCCGGGUUAUGUGGAUCCCCAAUACCACCAGAACUUCCAUCUUUCUGAUAAAAGUGAUGUGUACAGUUUCGGAGUGGUCUUGGUAGAGAUAAUAACCGCCAUGAAAGCGGUUGAUUUUUCUCGACCUCGGAGUGAGGUUAACUUAGCUGCACUUGCCGUAGAUAAGAUUAGGAGGGGUGCUGUAGAUGAGAUCAUAGACCCCUUCCUUGAACCACACAGAGAUGCUUGGACACUGUAUUCUAUUCAUAAGGUAGCUGAGCUUGCAUUUAGAUGCCUUGCUUUUCACAGUGACAUGAGACCUACUAUGAUGGAAGUGGCAGAGGAGCUAGAACACAUUAAACGCAGUGGAUGGGCAACUAUGGAGGAUACUGCCAUGGCUUCAUCGGAUGGAUCCACUUGUUCAUCACCUCGCAAUGGAAGUGAGAAGUCACUGAGUGUUAUCAAAAAGGCUGGCCAAGGGAGUGCGAGAUUGAUAGUUCCCCACAAGAUUGAGAGGUUUUUUCAUUCUGUUGAGGUUAAGGACAGUUCUCCUGUAUCAGUGCAGGAUCCUAUUCAUUGGUCAAGUGGACACAGCUCACCUUCUUCAAACAGCUUGUUGGUAAAUGUCAUCCCUUGACAUGUACUUACUUUGGGGUGGAUACCCUCCAUAAAUGUGAAUACGACAGCCAUAUAACACUUCCUUUUCUCUGUCGCAGUUGUUGCUAUACCUAUUUUUGUGUAUGAUUAACUUCAAAAUAUUAUAUUCAUAAAUCUAUCAGUAAUCGAUAUGCAGAAUUCA